CUUUCCUUUGUUGCUGCAUGUUUUGAUGCGGGCUGGCAAAGAGGCAAUAUGUGGUCGUUUUUCGCAAGGGAUCCAAUCAAAGACUUCAAUUAUGAAAUAUUACCAGAGACCCAGGAGCCGUCUGGAAUAUGGACCCUCCAUAAAGGCAAGCGAAAGACCACGGGCGAGCCUGUGUCAGUGUUCGUGUUUGAGGUGCCAGCAGGGGUGGAGGACCAGACACUGCUGGCCAAGGCGGCUUUCAAGCGCAUGAAGACCCUGAGGCACCCCAACAUCCUGUGCUAUGUGGAUGGACUGGAGACAGAGAAGUGCUUGUAUCUGGUCACGGAGCCGGUGACUCCUCUUGCUGCCCACCUGAAAGUGCAGGCAGAGCGAGGCGGGUCUGGAGAGCUGGAGGUGUCCUGGGGCCUGCACCAGAUCCUGAAAGCCCUGAGCUUCCUGGUCAACGAUUGCCACCUUCUGCACAACAACCUGGGCGUGUGGUCAGUGUUUGUGGACCGGGCGGGGGAGUGGAAGCUUGGGGGGCUGGAUCAUGUGACCUCAAUGGCGGACCCCUCAUCCUCACCGCCGCAGAAGAGGGUCAGCCCAGACAUGGAGAAAUACGACCCCCCAGAGAGCAUCGGCAGCAGCGGGAAGACGGCGGGGGAGAAGUGGUCCGCGGAUGUGUGGAGACUUGGCUGCCUCAUCUGGGAGGUGUUCAACGGACCCCUCCCUCGCGCCUCCUCCCUGCGCUCCCUGGGCAAGAUUCCCAAGCAGCUGGUCCCACAUUACUGUGAGCUGGUGGGUGCGAACCCCAAGGCCCGGCCCAGCCCGGCUCGGUUCCUGCAGAACUGCCGCGCCUCGGGCGGUUUCCUCAGCAACAGCUUUGUGGAGAGCAACCUUUUCCUGGAGGAGAUCCAGAUCAAAGAUCCUGCAGAGAAGCAGCAGUUCUUCCAGGACCUGAGUGAAAACCUGGACUCCUUCCCUGAGGAUUUCUGCAGGCACAAGGUGCUGCCCCAGCUGCUCACUGCCUUUGAAUUUGGCAAUGCAGGCGCUGUGGUCCUCACCCCUCUGUUCAAGGUGGGUAAGUUCCUGAGCGCUGAGGAGUACCAGCAGAAGAUCAUCCCGGUUAUCGUCAAGAUGUUCUCCUCCACAGACCGCGCCAUGCGGAUACGGCUGCUCCAGCAGAUGGAGCAGUUUAUCCAGUAUCUGAAUGAAGCUGCCGUCAACUCCCAGAUAUUCCCGCAUGUUGUUCAUGGCUUCACGGACACCAACCCUGCCAUACGGGAGCAGACUGUGAAGUCCAUGCUCCUGUUGGCUCCCAAGCUGAACGAGACCAGCCUGAACCAGGAGCUGAUGCGCCACUUUGCUCGACUGCAGGCCAGAGACGACCAGGGUCCCAUCCGGUGCAAUACCACCGUCUGCCUGGGCAAGAUCGCCCCCUACCUCAAUGCUGGGACGCGGCAGCGCGUGCUGAUCUCGGCGUUCUCCCGGGCCACAAAGGAUCCCUUCCCUGCCUCUCGAGCCGCCGGGGUCCUGGGCUUCGCCGCCACGCACAACUACUACAGCAUAGCGGAGAGCUCGGCCCGCGUGCUGCCCACCCUCUGCACCCUGACUGUGGACCCGGACCGGAGCGUGAGGGACCAGGCAUUCAAAGCCAUCAAGAGCUUCCUGACGAAGCUGGAGACGGUGUCCGAAGACCCCUCUAAGCUGGCUGAGAUAGAGAAGGACGUGACGUCAUCAGCUCAGUCCCCCGGGACAGCGGCGGCAGCGGCCAGCUGGGCUGGGUGGGCCGUCACGGGCGUGUCCUCCCUCACCUCCAAGCUGAUCCGCACGGCCCCCGGGGGCCCGGAGUCAGGGGCCCCCGAAAACGCUCCACCCGCUGCUGAAAACGCCUCGGCUCAGAGUGACACCGCAGACUCAGGCCCCGCCACAAAGACUCAUGUAGCAAGUUCAAACCCCGCCCCUUCGGCCCUUCGCAGCAAAUCGAAUGCUUCCAAAACGGAAGAGGAAGAGGAAGAGGAAGAGGAAGCGGAAGCGGAAGUGGAAGAUACUCCAGAAGAUCGCUGGGAUGACGAGGACUGGGGGAGUUUGGAGCAUGAACAUUCCAAAGCACAGGCUGAGCCCGAUGACUGGAAUUCCUCUGAUUGGUCAGCGGUGUCGUCAGUCAAAAAGAAGCCAAAUGAUAAAAGGGUGGGCCGGACUACCUCUGAGGCGGUGAAGAAGCAGAGCUCUGAUUGGAGCAGCUCUGGUUGGGAUGCAGAUGACAGCUGGUCCAAUGAGAAGGAAGCUGACGGGCAGGGUCAGAGCUCUCCCGGCGACGAGGGCUGGGGUAACGACUGGGAGGAGGACGGCGAGAUCGGGGAAGGUUUGUCUCCUAACCAGAACGAGACGGCAACGCCUGCCGCGAACAGCCACCCCGCUACGUCCGCCACUCUGCCAGAGGGGACACGCCUGACCAGCGAGUACAACUGGGACACUGCCGGCGCCAGAGGCUCACAGAGCGACUUCUUCUCUGGCAUGUCGCAGAGAGCGCCAUCUGCUGCCACGCCUCAGAAAAGUGAGGAUGGCUGGGGUGCAGACCCGUCAGGGGACUGGGGAACAGACGAAAACUGGGAGUCCCUGGACGGUGAUCAGGGCCUGAGCAAGGCGGAGCUGGCCAAGAAGAAGCGCGAGGAGCGGCGGAAGGAGCUGGAGGCCAAGCGCGCCGAACGCAAGGCGGCGAAGGGUCCUCUUAAACUGGGCGCCCGCAAGCUGGACUGAGCGGGGCGGCAGCGGGGUGCGGGGGGGAGCAAGGGUUCACGUCCCCCCCCAAAUCCCCCAGAUUGAGUGAGAAAAUGACAUUGGACACACGUGUCCGUGGCCCUGCAUUCCAUCGGUGGCUAUGUUUCCAUUAGAGGUACUAGAGCAAACUCUUGGAAGGGUGGAUGUGGGGGAAACCGUGGUCCAGACUUGGAGAAACGGAUUUAUUUCAUAUAAAAUUCAGAUGGUGUUGGUUCCAUACAUUUGAUUUGCCAGGAAUGCAGUGUAAUGUAGUAUAAUGGAAACAUUCCCAGUGACAGAGAGAGGGGGGGAUGCUUUGGGCCUGAUCUUUUCAUUUAGAGCGAUGGAAGGAGGUUUACGCCAAUUUCCUGAGGGCGACCAAGAGCGGAGAGCAGUCGCCCCAACUUGAAGUAUGAAAGCAGUCAUGCGUUAGAGUUUCCUUUUAUGUUAUUUUUAUACAUACAUAUUAUGGUUGUAAAGUGUAAAUAGGUAUAUAUGUCUGUGAGAGACAACAAGGAUUAAAAUGAAAAAUUUCUAUGAACAUAUAUUGUGUAUAAUGUAUGUACAUUUCAGUGCACAUACACUCGGAGUGCCAUGCAUGUUGGAGAACAUUAGCCUCAUGUCAGCAGCGGCUACAGUUCACGCAAAGUGCUGCUUCAGUGACUUUUACUGUAUGUCUUAUACUGGGAGUGUUGCAAUGGAUGGGAUGCUGUUAGGGUGGAGCUGCAUCUGUGGGGGACUUGAGUGUGCUACGAUGACACGGACGCCAACCUGCUACAAUGCUGCGGUCACCGCUUAGCCCAAGAGGAACACAGAACUGUGUGCAUGACUGUGUGUGGGUAUGUAGAUCUCUGGAUGUCUAUAUGCAUAAUGUUGGUAUCUGUAGUUAAUCCAGCUGCGCGAGGCGGGUGGUUUACUCUACGAAUUUGAAUGUGGAGAGGUGGAAGCAGGCCCGCGUGUGAGUGAGUGAGUGAAUCGAACUCAAAGCUGAAGUAUUGGACUGUGCCUUUACAGUGACACUGUUGUAUUCUCUUGAAUCAAAUUAUAAAGAGGGAUGAUUCUUUGGCAUUUUACAUUGAGUGUAUUGCGUAUAAGGGAGUUUUUAAAGCAGGGGACUAUCAGGAAUGGAGCAGAGUUUAGCGCAUUGUUUUAAAUGAGUACAAAAUUGUUAUGCACAUAUGUACAUAAAGAAAUAUAACACAA